AUGCUAUCCCUGAUAGAUUAUAUCCCUGACCAGUCGCCUACGUUUGCUCCCCGUCUGAACUCUUUUCUUGACUCUACCUCCCUCCCUUCUCUCACUGACCCCGAGAGGAAUCUCCUUAAUUCUCCGAUCUCAUACGAAGAUGUAUCAGAUACGAUUGCAUCUCUGAAAUUGGGAAAAGCCCCUGGCCCAGAUGGGCUGUCUGCAAUGUAUUAUAAGAAAUUCUCUCCUAUUCUAGUUCCCCAUCUAGUUAACCUUUAUAAUAACCUUUUCAAGACUCCCUCUUUGCCCCCUGAGUACUUAGAUGCCCUUAUAACGGUGAUCCCCAAACCCCAGAAGGACCCAUCCCUGGUCUCUAAUUACCGCCCAAUCUCCUUAAUUAAUUUGGAUACGAAGAUCUUAACGUCUAUCCUGGCACGCAGACUGAACACUAUAUUGCCCCGUGUUAUUCACGCUGACCAAGUGGGCUUUAUACCGGGGAGACAGGCGGCGGAUAAUAUUAGAAAGACUCUGGUAACUGAAUUGGAUUCCCCGGCACGUCCUGCAUCCGGAUUCCCCGUUUCUCUGCAGCUCGCCGCGCAGCGCAGAGUUCGCGGUCCCGGCUUCUUCUCCCCAUCUGAGCGACUGGAGGACAUUUUUAAGAAGAACUUGACUGUUAUUUCAGAGUUUCUGCUUUUGGGAUUUGAAAAUUUGCACAACUUUAAAACUUUGCUGUUUUUUUUAUUUUUUACUAUAUACAUUUUUACCGUGCUAGGAAAUCUGUUAAUAGUCAUAUUGGUUUCAACAAGUCCACAAAUCCAGUCUCCUAUGUAUUUUUUUUUAAGUCAUUUAUCUGUGUCUGAUAUACUGCUUACUACAUAUGCUAUACCAAAUAUGCUACGUGUUGUGCUGGAAGAAGGAGGUACCAUGUCUGUCCAUAGUUGCCUCAUUCAGUUCUACUUCAUCUGUGUUUCAACAAUUGUUGAAUGCUUUCUUCUCAUGGUCAUGUCCUAUGAUCGCUAUCAAGCCAUUUGUAACCCACUGCAUUAUAACUCUAUUAUGAACUACAGAUUUUGCACCAUACUUGUGUUUCUAUCCUGGUUCUUAGGCUCCACAUGGCCGCUUAUUGCAGUUAUACCAGUAUUUUAUUUAGUUUUUUGCCAGUCCAAUGUUAUAGACCACUUCUAUUGUGACUUUGCGCCUAUUAUGGAGCUUUCAUGUUCAGAUACUUCCCUGGUAGAAAAAGAAGUCUUUCUGAGCUCUUUCCCUACUGUUGUCUUUCCUUUCCUUUUUAUUAUUGUCACAUAUUUCUAUAUUUCCCGUACUGUUAUGGGGAUACCAACAAUUGCUGGUCGAAAAAAAGCUUUCUCCACCUGCAGCUCGCACUUGGCGGUUGUAUCUGCUUACUAUGGUACACUGAUCAUUAAGUACAUUGUUCCUUUUAGAGGAAAUUCACAUGUUUUAAAUAAGUCUGUAUCUCUUCUCUACACAGUAUUUACGCCCUUUUUUAACCCCAUAAUUUACAGUCUACGAAAUAAAGAUAUUAAGAAGGCCAUGAAAAAAAUGUUUUGGUACUGUUAUUAG